CAUACGUUGAUGUUGGCCUCCAAGAUUGUGGACGACUUUUUGACGAAGCAGCUGCUCAUCGAGAAAAAUAUUGUGACAUACCGGUCUUUCAGUCGCGAAUUGUGUGUGCACGUCAAUGUCGCCAAAAAUGAACUUGCCGCGUACUAUGAAAAUGCUUCUGUGGAACUUCAGGAUGUCGCUGCCACCUAUAUCAUAUCGGGGAUUUUGAAACAAGAGACACGUCACGGUGAAGAUAUGGAUGUUGACGCAGAAGAACAGGACAUCGUGGACAGCGACGGAUACGACGAUGAUGAGACAGAGCCCGUCGCGGAAUCUGGAUUCACGGUGGUUGGGGAGGGCGACCUUGAAUCGGCAAAAAUGCGAUACUCCCAAAUCCACGAUAUUCAUAUCUAUUCUUUGUCUCCCUCAACUGUUCUGGAUGGAGGGUUCCUCUGCGUACCGACUGAAAAACUGCGACAAAUCGAUCUGGAAAAAGGAGAGGAGCUAGCAAAGACAGUUGGAAAAGUUAUAAGUGAAGAUAUUCAGAAGGCUGACAACUCAAGGGAUCGUACGAAAAUGAAGAAAAUACCAGCUGCUCCAGUUGCCGGUCCCUCUAAAAUUAAAGCUAGCGAUUCACUGAUGGCGACAACUUCGAAACCAAAGCCUCCGGAAAAAACCAAGAAAGUCCAACCUGCUAAAUCGGGUACGCUGGACUGGAGCAAAUCGAAACCCAAAUCUGCGAAGGAAAAGCCAAAAGAAGCUAAGGUGGAAGCCAAACCCAAGCAGCCUUUGAAACCAUUGAGUACCGAAGCUAACAAGAACCCCGUGAAGCAAGAAGGGACUGAAACACUGGUCAAGAAGGAACAGCCCAAAGUAGGGUUAUCUCAUCCUCUCUUCUUCUGCGUACCUUGGCUCAAUCCACCUCAGAGGGGUACAAAGCGCAAGUCUGCAUCUGCCUUAAUAUCUGAUUCUGAGGAUGGUUCAUCUUCGUCUCGCUCGAAGCCUCUGUCCAAAAAAGAGUCAGGCGUCAAAGUUAAGGAGGGUGCGCUUGUAUCAGAAGACGAGGAAGAAGAAGAUAUGCCCAGAAUAGCCACUCGGAAGCCAUCUAGGAAGGUAUCCAGAGCUGCCACGGAAGUUGAUAGUGAAGCAGAAAGAGAUCUAAGAGCCAUGAUGGAUGUUGAUGAUGACCAAGUCAUCCGUGCUUCGCGAGAUGUGCAAGCUGUCAAGAAGGAGGAGGAAGAGGAAGAACCUCCGAAGCAAACGGACGAUGUGGAUAUGGUGGACGAGACAAUACCAGCGCCCAAGAAAAAGAGAAAGGAGAAGAAGGUUAUUCCUGUCGGUCGUAACGGACUGAAGAAGAAACGGGUUAUAAAGAGCCGAGAAAGUAUAGAUGCCAAGGGCUACAUAGUGACAGAAGACUAUUCGUCAUAUGAAUCUGUCGACGAAGAAGAAGAGCCAACGAAAGCUAAAUCCAAGACAUCAAGGGUUAAAGAGGUCGACGAGGACAGUGACGCGCCAGUUCCGAAACCCAAACCGGCCGCGAAGAAAGAGUUGAAACCAGCACUCAUGAAAAAGUUGACUAAUGGAAAGAGUGGGCAGCAGACAAUGAUGUCGUUCUUUGGGAAGAAGUAGCGCAUUUGUUUUUUCUUUUCUGAGCCAUGCAUGUACAUACCAUCCUACGGUAUUUUAAUUUUUUAUUCCAUG